AUGGACGCUACUGCUUCAACUCCUGCUACUUCCAUAGCUUCUCUCCCCCAUGAGAUAAUUCUCAAAAUUUUCACCAGUCUCCCUCCCAAAUCUGCAGUCUCUUUCAGGUGCACUUCUAAAUUCUUCCAUUCCUCAAUCCCUAAGCCGCACUUCGCGUUUACAAUCCUCUUCUCCUCCCCAUCCGCAACCCAUCCCACAAAUCUAUACACUGUGGAUUUCACUGAAGAGAGCCAUGGAUGGCUCCAAGCCACCAGUCUCCAAUGCUCAGAAGAAUUACAUCGUUUUAAAGGACUGGCUUCUUCAAGCUUUGCAGAUGGCAAGCUUUGUUUGCUCAACACCCAUGGAGAGAUCACUCUCUGGGACCUUAGUACAACCCAACAUAUUUCCCUUCCAAGAACCCAGCCAACAUUUGUCAGGUUAGGGUGUGAGGGUGUUAUGGUCCCACGGGCAAGAUUGCAAAGCAGUAGAGUCCUAGGGAUCAUUGAUCCGGUUUCAAAAAGGUACAAGGUUUUGAAGUUAGAAUUAUACCGUGAUGAUACCCACCGCCAUUUCCAGGGUAUGUUGAGAUAUUUAACUCUUGGGGUGGAUCAAUCAUGGAGGUCAGUGCCAAUAAACUACUACAUUCCUGGCAAGCCCAUUGCUAGUGUUCAAAUUGAUGGUAUUAUCUAUUUCAUACAUUGCAAGAUAAAUUGUCAGGAUAAACAAGAAAUAGUUGAAUUUGAUAUUGAGACGGCGAAUUUAAUGGUGAUACAUUUUCCCUAUGUAUUCCAGCAUUCAUGUGCUUUGCCAACAAUGAUUUAUUCAUCAUGGGUGAAAUUGAAUGAUCGACUAGCUUAUAUUUAUGUUCAUGUGAAUGGCCUUAGGACCAAUAUAUUUGUUUGUGCUUGGGAGAAAUCAAUGAGGUGGAAGAUGCACAAGGUUGUUGCCCUUACAUUGGAAGAGUGUAAAAUCUUUAGCCAAGCUGAAUCCGUGAGCAUUACAACCAAUGGUACUGAAGAAAUUGUGUUCUUGAUUCGAGCUAGGAUAAUGCUUUCUACAAUUUUAAUUUAUGCAUGUGGAAGACAAGUGUGGAGAAAGUUUAAGAUAUGCACACUUAAUGAUUAUGUACUUGCUGUUGAAAAUUUGAGAAGCUUUGUCCAUGUUAUUGAAGAGAAAAUGUAUUUUUUGGAGUGA